CCAGCCCCCGCCUACCACAAAAUCACACCCACCAUCACCAGCUUCGCCUUGCGUUUGUACAAGCAGCUGGCCGCAGAAACCUCAGGAAACAUCUUCUUUUCCCCCGUGAGCAUCGCUACCUCCCUGGCCCUGCUCUCUCUUGGGGCCCAGGCUGACACCCCAACUCAGAUCCUGGAGGGCCUCGGCUUCAACCUCACAGAGACCCCAGAAGCUGACAUCCACCGAGGUUUCCAGAGCCUCAUCCACACCCUUGACCUGCCGAGCCCCAAACUUGAACUGAAAGUAGGCAACUCCUUGUUCCUGGGCAAACAACUGAAGCCUCAACAGCAUUUUUUGGAUAUUGUCAGGGAGCUGUAUGGCGCUUUUGCUUUUUCUGCCAACUUCACAGAUUCCGCCACGACCAGGAGGCAGAUUAAUGAGUACGUGAGAAAGCAGACGUACGGGCAGGUGGCCGACUGCCUCCAGGAGUUCACGCAAGACACGCUCAUGAUUCUCUUGAAUUACAUCUUCUUCAAAGGUGA